UUGCUCAAAUGUAAAAUGCUAAAAAAGAUGUAUAAAAAAACAAAAAAGCUAAAAAAGAAAAUAUAGAAUGCUCAAGGGUAUGUUAGUCAUAAAAACAUGUUUUCGUGACUAGGCUACUACUACUCCUCCUUUGCGCGAGUUGCAGGUUUAUGUUGUUGUAAUUUUCGCAGAUAAACACUGGCCAUGGCAGCGACGGCAAAUUCAGAAACCUCACAAAUCCACAGAUUCCAUCAAUACAAAUACGUCGACGCUGUUCGUUGGCUUCCAGUACUAUCCGCAUUCAAUCGAUUCGCAGUUCUCGCUACCUCCGACUUCGAUUCCAAUCUCUCUUUCAUCGAAAUCCAUUCUUUCAAACCAAACCCACUUUCCUUCGAUUUCCAAUCUUCAUGGACUUCUCCUUCCCCAAUCUCAUCUCUCAAAGCUUCCCAGUUCCUUCAGAAUUCAAUCAUCGCCGCCACAACUUCAUCCGGCUCACUCCAUUUCUUGUUCGCCGAUUCCACCGAUGCAACGCUUCAAUCUGAAGUUUCUGUACCCGAGAAUGAGCUUCAUUCGGUCUCUGAGACUUGCAUUGAUCUCAUGGAUGGUGGAGUUGAGUGUGUUACUGUUGGGGAUGAUGGGAAGGUGAAUUUGGUUACUGUUGGAAACUCUAAUUUGAAUUAUCGUAGAUUGUUUGAUAGUGGUGGUUUGGUUUCGUAUACCGCAGUGAAAUGGGCUUCUCCGGUUGAGUUUGCUACCGGUGGAUAUGGUUUCGGUCUUCAUUGGUGGGAUCAGAGAAAACCCGGUGGACCGGUUUCUCAGUUUAAGGGUAACUGGGAUAAAAAUUUGAAUUCUGGGAUAGUGCAUUCUAUAGACAUUCAUCCAUCACGAAAACAUACUUGCCUGGCUGGUGGCUCCUUAGGUACUGUUUUGGCUUGGGAUCUUAGGUGGCAGCAACAGCCAAUUAUACUCUCAGGAACAGGAGCAGGGGAUGGGGCUGGCAACAGUGCAGUCCAGUCAAUAUCUGAAAGUGAGGUUUGGGAGGUUCAGUAUGAUCGUUGCAUAAAAUCAAACACGUCCUCUACUCGGAUUUUACCUGCCAUGAUAUGUUCAGAGGAUGGAAUUCUUGGCGUGAUUGAGCAAGGUGAGGAACCAAUUGAGCUGCUUGCAGAACCUUGCGCCAUCAAUAGCUUUGAUAUUGAUCAACAUAAUCCAUUGGAUGUGAUAUGUAGUUUAGAGUGGGAAUCAGUAGCCAUAUUGACAAGACAAUAACAUUAACAGUCUUGUUUCUACUCUAGUGCCUUGAGAUUCAUGAAGGGGGUACAUUUUUGUAGCUGAUGGAAGAACUGGAGCUUUUAACAGACUAUUUGUGCUUCUUUAUUAUGUAAAGCCAUUUGUAUGAAAGUAGAGUUUGGGAUUGGUGGAUUGCAAACUAUGCAGCAUUAUCAGCAUGUGUGAAAGAGACUUAUUACAUGUUUUGUUCGGCGUUGUGAAAGCCGUGGUGCGGCCAACCAACACUAGAAUAUGGAGCUUUUGAGUGAACGUAUGUUGGUGCCAUGGCUUCAUUGAUUUUCCAAACACGUGCUUAAAAAGUGACGGUUUCCUUGGCAAAUGUAGGUCGGAUCAUCAGUUAUAACUUGGAUUUCAUUGUAUCUUUUCAACUGCAUGAUUUCUAUGCUGAUUUAACCUGAUCACCUAUAGGACAUAGUUGAUAUUGCUGUGCUAUGAUAUUGCUGUGCCUUCUAGAAUAUCUAUUGUAUUAGAAGUAAAAAAAAAGAGUGAAAUUAUCCUAAGCAGAACUGAUUUCAUACAAUCAAAGCUUUAUAUUCACUUGAGUAUGCCUUAUCAAGGUUUCUUUUCUUUUCUUAUCCAAUCAUGGGAAACAAGUUUUAUAA